GCCAGAGCAGGAUUCAGAAUUCUAUUUUUCUCUGUGUCUCUUCCGGAGGGUUCAGGUCGUUCUCCGAUUUUGGUCUUUCGAACAACGAAACCCUAGCCUAGGCCAAAGCAGGCAUCAGAAGAAGAAAGAGACCCGAUCAAGCAGGAUGUUGAGAGUCGCUGGGAGGAAGCUGUCUUCUCUCCCCUGGAGGAGGCCGCCUUUUGCCGCGUCAUCGGCAUCUCCGGCCUUAUUCAAUGGCCCCGGCCCCUUCCCUUCAUCCGAUACCUCCAGAUCAUCCUCAUUCCACUCUCCUUCUAGCACCUUCUCUCUCACUCCUGCCUUUUUCCAUCAAAUCAGAGGGCUUUCUUCUGACUCUCUUGCCUCAGCGCAUGAUAUUGGUUUAGUCCAAGACCUCCCAGCUACAGUUGCAGCUAUUAAGAAUCCAAGCGCAAAAAUUGUGUAUGACGAGUACAACCAUGAGCGCUAUCUUCCUGGUGACCCCAAUAAACGUGCAUUUGCUUACUUUGUUUUAACUGGAGGCAGGUUUGUUUAUGCCUCAUUGAUUCGUCUUCUGAUACUCAAGUUUGUUCUGAGCAUGUCUGCCAGUAAGGAUGUUCUUGCACUUGCCUCUCUUGAGGUGGAUCUAUCCAGCAUUGAGCCUGGCACUACAGUCACAGUCAAGUGGCGUGGGAAACCAGUAUUCAUUAGGUAUCGGACUGAGGAUGACAUCAAACUGGCUAACAGCAUUGAUGUUGGCUCCCUGCGUGAUCCACAAGAGGAUGCUCUUAGGGUGAAGAAACCUGAAUGGCUCGUAGUUAUUGGAGUAUGCACCCAUCUGGGGUGUAUUCCCUUGCCAAAUGCUGGUGAUUUUGGUGGCUGGUUUUGCCCUUGCCAUGGGUCUCAUUACGACAUCUCUGGUAGAAUUCGCAAAGGACCUGCACCAUACAAUUUGGAGGUGCCAACAUACACUUUCUUGGAUGAGAAUAAGUUACUUAUUGGCUGAGCGUUUACCAUGAAUUUCUACAAGAAAGACAACUGUAACUGGUUCUAAUGUUUUGGCGUGCUCAAGACCAGAUAGAGCAUGAUUUAUUUUUCUCUCACUCCUUAUGGCUUUCUUCUUUUGUUUUUUCUUUUACUUGUGCCAUUCUAGUUAUAAUUUACUUGAUAAGGAUUUUGUUUUUGCCAGUCCAGGCAGGGCCUUGCCAUCCUGAAUAAUUCAGCUGGCUUCUGUAGGGAAUAUACUGUCAAAUAAAUAGAGGUUGAGACGUAUUACUAUAUUAUGUGCUACUGUGCAUUUUAUCUUAUCAACAGAUCUUCUGAAGGUUGACAGUAUUGCCUUCACGUCUGGCAAUUUCAA